AUGAUGUUAUCUUUCCAAAUAAUGGAAAUAACAUUGAUCGAUGGCUGGGUCUUAAGUACAUCGUGUGUGAUGGAUGAGGACCGUGGGAUGCAAGUGGGAAUAGGAGCGAGGUGCUGCGACCAGCGGAUCGGGUGCGGGCGCGGGCGCAGGCGGUGGUCGGUGAAAGUGCGUUGGAACGGGUUUGCGAACCGCUUUGUAGUGAUAAACGGGAACACGAUACGUACACAGCAUGUGAAAACGGGCCGUGGUAAGGUCGAGCGUUACGCCGUUUUGAAAGUGAGAUGCGAGGUGCCAGGAGAGCAACAAAUUAAGUCCCCAGCGUGGGAGGUCCCGCCCACGGCCCGCUCGCGCCAUCGUUUGAGAGCCAAACGCGAUAACGGCUUGCCGAAGGGAAAACUUAAAUAUAUCCAAAGACUUACAUAG